AUGGCCCAAGGCUUGGACAUAAUCUUCGCAGAGUUGGGGAUCUCGCAAUACCUGGAUAUCUUUGUCGAACAAGGCUUCGAUACCUGGGCAACAAUCCUUGACGUCACAGAGUCGGAUCUUGAUGUAUUGGGAGUGAAGCUCGGUCACCGAAGGAAACUCCAAAGGCGUAUCGCGAAUUCGAGAGGCCUUGCACCUGAAGCCUCGCUCGUAUCCCCAGUUCGAGCCAGCAGCGAGGACACGAAGCCCGAGAACCCGAACCCCGAACCAGCCAGGCAAGAAACGAAGGAUACGACUGUCGUCACCAAGCGUAAAUAUCGGCGGCACCCGAAAGCGGACGACAACGCUCCGGGAAGGCCGCCUUCUGCCUAUGUACUGUUCUCCAACAAAAUGCGUGAUGAUCUGAAGGGUCGAAACCUGACGUUCACAAAAAUCGCCAAGUUGGUAGGCGAGAAGUGGCAAAGCCUGUCGCAUAUAGAAAAAGAGCCUGUCGAGACGCAGGCGCUGAACGCAAAGGAGAAGUAUAACCAAGACUUGGCCGAAUAUAAAAAGACGAACGAGUUCAAGAAGUACUUACAUUACCUGCAUGACUUCAAGCAGAAGCAACUUCACCGAACUCAAGCUGUCAAAAAUGGCACGAAGCACAAGGGCAGCAGUGCCAGUGCAACCCCUGGAGGCAGUGGCGCUGGCCGCGACAGUGACAGCGUCGUCCGUGGCGAUGCUCCUUUGGCUCGGAAGCAGAGGGUUGGCUCGGUGACGUCGAUGCCGGAUUAUCCAUUCGCGGCUGCUACGUCCUUCUCGCACCAACAUUCGAUCGAAGAGCCGGUACACUCACCCGCCAGCACAGCCUUUGAAUUGGAGAGGUCGCCUAUAAUGUUGUCGGGUAGUCCUCAUGGCUCGCAAUGGCGGACACGAAGCCUGACGUGGUCUGACGCGCAAGCCAGUCCAGAGAACGGGGUGCCGCCACACCUGCCUUCACUGCCGGAUGUGUUCAAUGAUGGUCGUAUGGCUGGCGUAGCAAGGACGUCGGACAACCCUGCGUUUGGCGGAUACAUGCCGAGCCAGACCUCAAUGGCACGCCAUUCCCAAACGAUGCCGCUGCUGAAGCACAAAAUGUCGUCAAACUCGGGGUUCUCCUACAAUAGGACCCCGAGUGACGCCUCGCUGCCGAUCCACGCGCUGCUGUCGUCAAGCAGGUCGGGAUCAUCCCCCCCGUUCGAAUCAUACUCGAUGCCGUUUUACGGGCAACAGACGACAUCCGAUCAAACGCUGCCGUUUCCUGCCACAACCCCGAUCUCUGGUGCCACGGGUGUUGUGUCUGGUAGGCCGACAGCGUACAGUUGGCCCGAGCCGUGGACCAAUGUCAUCUCAGAACGUCGACCACCUCCUCCAUUGACCAAAAAUUCAUCCUCAGGCUCGUCGAGGACUACUGAUGUGUCGACGACGACAUCCAUCAGCGUUCAUGAUAGUGCUGGUACUUCGGCGAAGGCAGAUGCCAACCUGGACGGAAUGAAUGCACUCCUCAGAGCAGGAGAAAUUGUGGGCCGUCGUGAAGGUUAA